GACAGGGCCGUUCCUCUCCAGUAUAAAUACUGGGUCCUGGUGGAGACGGGUAGAAAAGUGGGGCAUACACCUUCAGGACUGAGUGAAAAGACAAAAGAGGAGUCAAACUUAUCAUAAAAGGAGGUUACACGGCAGAAUGACUGACCAAAACGGUGUAUUUAUGGGGAUGGACCUGCUUUGCCAGGUGAACAGCCAUGCCCAUCGUACAGAGGAGAUGGACGUGGAAAGGCUGCUGGUUCGUCGGGGGCAGCCCUUCUCCCUUGCCUUGCAGUGCCACACAACCCUGUCCCCUAAACACAAACUAGCCAUGAUCUUGCAUCUAGGUAAGGAGGGUGAGGUGGUGGUGAAGGUGUUGGAUGCCCGUGCUGGCAGGGACAAGUGGUGGUUCCGCCAGCAGGGGGCUCAGAGUGAGGUGCUGCUGACGAUCCACAGCCCAGCAGACGCCCCUGUGGGACUCUACAGCGUGACAGUGCUGCUCCUCUCCCCUGACGGACACAUCCUGGAGAAGACAACACCAGAGACGUUCUACCUGCUCUUCAACCCCUGGUGCAAAGCUGACUCUGUGUACCUCCCUGACGAGGAGCUGCUAGAGGAGUACAUCCUGAAUGAAAAUGGCCUCCUUUACCAGGGUUCCUGGGACCAGAUUUCCUCACUACCCUGGAACUUUGGACAGUUUGAACAAGAUGUGGUGGACAUCUGUUUUGAAAUCCUGGACAAUUCACCUGCUGCACUGACAAACCCAGAGAUGGACACAGCCAACCGAGCAGACCCAGUGUACGUGAGCAGGACAAUUACUGCCAUGGUGAAUGCUAAUGAUGACCUUGGCGUGGUGUCGGGCCGUUGGGACGGGAAGUACGAUGACGGGGUGCCGCCCACACGUUGGACUGGCAGUGUGCCCAUCCUCAGGCGCUGGAGUGAGGCCGGGGCACAGAGGGUGCGCUACGGACAGUGCUGGGUGUUCUCAGGCGUAGCCUGUACAAUUCUUCGCUGUCUGGGCAUACCCACUCGCCCAGUUACAAACUACUCUUCUGCCCAUGACACUGAUGGCAACCUGAAUGUGGACUAUCUGUAUGAUGAGCAGCUGGAGAGUGUGUCUGAAGGCAGGAAGGACAUGAUCUGGAACUACCAUUGCUGGGUGGAGUCCUGGAUGGACAGGGAGGAUCUUCCUAAAGGCUAUGAUGGGUGGCAGGCUCUGGAUCCCACCCCACAGGAGAGGAGUGAUGGGGUGUACUGUUGUGGGCCCUGUCCAGUCAAGGCGGUGAGGGACGGUGAUGUGGGGAUGAAGUAUGAUGCAGCCUUCGUGUUCUCUGAGGUGAACGCAGACCUGGUCACCUGGAUCGUCUACCCAGAUGGCCAACGCUCACAAGUUUCCCUCAACCAGAAUACAGUGGGCCAAAACAUCAGCACCAAGAGUGUGUACGGAGACUACAGAGAGGACAUCACUAAACAUUACAAAUACCCCGAAGGUUCAGUGAAGGAGCGUGAGGUGUAUGAGAAGGCAGGACGGCGGGUAACGCAGCCGAAUGGAGCACCAGGGCAGCUGGAGCUGAAGAUCAAACACGCCCAGGCCGUCCUGGGGACAGACUUUGAUGUGAUAGUGGAGGUGCACAACGUCGGUGGAGAGGACACCCCAGCCCAGCUGACUGUGACGUCCAACGCUGUCACCUACAACAGCCUCCACCGGGGGGAGUGCCAUAGGAAGACUGCCAGCCUGACCGUGCCAGCCCAGAAAGCUCAUAAGGAAGUGCUGCGGCUACGGUACGAACACUACGGGGCAUGUGUGUCUGAGCAUAACCUGAUCAGGGUCACAGCACUACUCCAGGUCAGCGGCCAGCCCGAAGUCGUCUUACAAGAGGUCAACAUCCAACUGAGCAUGCCUCAGCUCCAUGUCAAGGUAGUGGGAGAUGCAGUUGUAUCUCGGAAAUUGAUUGCCCACAUUAGCUUCACCAAUCCACUGCCUAUUACCCUCAGAGGGGGCGUGUUUACUGUGGAGGGGGCAGGUCUGACAGCAGCGCGGGAGAUCCAAGCACCAGAUGACAUUGGACCAGGUCAAGAGGUCAAGGUCAAGUUGUCCUUCAAGCCCACCCGAGCAGGCCUGAGAAAACUGAUGGUCGACUUUGAUGCAGACAGAAUAAGGGAUGUUAAAGGCAUUGCCACUUUGAUUGUGAGAAACAAGUGAACUGUCAAUUAACAACGUAUAUCAUAUCAUGUAUAUUUCUAUAUAAAAUAAUUACCCUGUAAAUGCAAUAUGAAAGUGAGUUGCAAAAUCAUGUGUUGUUAUUUUCUAUUCUUCUUGAUGAUCUUAUGAAGAGAUUUACAAGCCUUGGCAAAGAAAGGUGGGUCUCUGAAUCCAAAAGUAUUGCUAGAGUCCGGAGACUAAAUCUAAAUGUAACCAUACCCUUUGUCACGUAGAGUAGGCCAGAAGGCUAAACUGAAAAACCUAACCUCUAUCAAAUAAAAAUAUGGCGGCAAAAGUA